AAUCAAAAAUUUAGAUAUAGUGCUGCCGUUACUGCAGACAGAAAGCCGAGAGUAAAACGGGAAGACGCUGUGGUUUUAUGUGGUGGCGGUAUGAUGGAAAGCCUCCGAAAGUACUUUUCUGGAAGGCGGGCAGCGAUAACGAGGCAUAUAGUGGAUCAUCUGCUUCUGAAGAACCGAACUAUGAUGUAUGGGAUGGUUUUGGUGAUCAAUCUGGAUGGCUUGGUCGGCUUUUGGGUCCGAUUAAUGAUCGUUUCGGCAUAGCAGGAAUUUGGGUUCAUCAGCAAUGUGCUGUAUGGAGCCCUGAGGUUUAUUUUGCUGGAUUGGGAUGCUUGAAAAAUGUUCGGGCUGCACUUUAUCGGGGAAGGGUGCUUAAAUGCAGCCGCUGUAGAAAACCUGGAGCAACCAUAGGGUGUCGUGUUGAUCGAUGUCCAAAAACUUACCACCUGCCGUGUGCGCGAUCCAGAAGUUGCAUCUUUGAUCAUCGUAAAUUUCUUAUAGCUUGCAACGAUCACCGACAUCUGUUCCGACCGCAUGGAAUACAGAAUGACCAAUGGUUGAAGAAACUCAAGGCGAAAAGGUUGAAGUUGGAACUGCGAAAGGUGGCUAAUGAAGCAUGCCGUAAGGAUAUCGAAGUGGAAGAAAAAUGGUUAGAGAAUUGUGGGGAGGAUGAAGAAUUUUUGAAACGUGAAAGCAAGAGGCUGCAUCGGGAUUUGUUAAGAAUAGCACCCACAUACAUUGGAGGUCCAAAUUCCGAGCCCGAGAAACAAUACCAGGGCUGGGAAUCGGUUGCUGGGCUGCAAGAUGUCAUUCGAUGCAUGAAAGAGGUUGUUAUUUUGCCACUUUUGUACCCCGACUUUUUCGGUAAUCUAGGACUUACACCUCCAAGGGGAGUUCUGUUGCAUGGAUAUCCUGGAACUGGCAAGACAUUGGUUGUGCGUGCACUAGUUGGUUCUUGUGCACGUGGAGAUAGGAGGAUAGCAUAUUUUGCACGGAAAGGUGCAGAUUGUCUUGGAAAAUACGUCGGUGAUGCUGAGCGCCAACUUAGGCUUCUGUUCCAAGUCGCCGAGAAAUCUCAACCUUCUAUAAUUUUCUUCGAUGAGAUAGAUGGUCUGGCCCCUUGCCGCACUAAGCAGCAAGAUCAAACACAUAAUUCAGUUGUCUCGACUCUGCUUGCAUUGAUGGAUGGCCUAAAAUCUCGAGGUUCAGUCAUUGUAAUUGGAGCAACUAAUCGCCCCGAUGCAAUUGACCCAGCUCUACGAAGGCCUGGGAGAUUCGAUAGGGAGAUUUAUUUCCCACUGCCUUCUGUUACGGACAGAGAAGCUAUCCUCACAUUGCACACUCAGAAGUGGCCGAAGCCUGUAACUGGGUCCUUAUUGGAUUGGGUAGCCAAAGAAACUGUGGGGUAUGCUGGUGCUGAUUUGCAGGCUCUUUGUACCCAAGCUGCUAUAAUUGCUCUGAGGAGGAGUUUUCCCUUGCAACAAGUUCUCACUGCAGCAGAAACUAGAGCUAGUGAUAGUAAACGCCCUGCUAUUCCCACUUUCACGGUGGAGGAGAAAGAUUGGUUGAAGGCGCUCUCGUGUGCACCACCUCCUUGUUCUCGAAGAGAGAGUGGAAUUGCAUUAAAUGAUGUUGUUUCUUCACCUCUUAAAGUUCAUCUCGUUCCUUGUCUUUUGCAGCCACUGACGAAACUGCUGGUUCGCUUGUAUGUGGAUGAGCGUGUCUGGUUGCCACCGUAUCUUAGUAAGGCUUCCUCAUCGGUGAAAAAUGUCAUUGUUUCUGCUUUAGAUAGAAGGAGAGUGAAGAGUGAUAAUUGGUGGUUGCACGUGGAUUGGUUACUUCAAGAAGCAGAUGUAGCAAAUGAGAUCGAACAGAAUCUUACUCUCGCUAACAUUCUGGCUGGAAAGACUAAUCAGUGUGGUUUUAAUGUGAUAGAGGAGAACACCGACGAGGGUUCAAAAAUCAUGCCUCCCAACUCUCAAUGUACGGGUGCUCGCCCCGGGUUGCUGCAGAAUAUGUCGGGAUUUCAAAUGUUGAUUUGUGGAGAUCCAAGAUCAGGCCAGAGGCAUCUUGCCUCGUGUCUUCUCCACAAUUUUGUUGGCGAUAUUGAUGUAUGGAAAGUGGAUUUGGCUAGUAUCUCUCACGAAGGACACGGAGACAUGGUUCAUGGCCUAGCACGUAUACUGAUGAGAUGCACUACUGCAAAUGUCUGCAUGCUAUAUAUGCCAGCAAUUGAUUUGUGGGCUAUUGAGACAUAUGAUAAAGCUUCUGAACAUGAGUGUGAAUCAUCUUCAAUGGAAGCCGAACCCUCUGAAAAGAUGUCUUCUGAUGGAGACUGUGAAGUUGACAUGGAACAUGGGAUCGGUCCGAGUGCCGAUGUAGGGGCGACACAGUCUGAAACUGCUGCGAGGAAGGCAUCGUAUCUAUGGACCACUUUCAUUCAGCAGGUGGAGUCUAUGCGCGUAAAUACAUCCUUGAUGAUUCUGGCCACAUCAGAAUUAGCGUUUUCAUUGCUUCCCGAUAGAAUAAGGCAAUUUUUUGGGAACGAGAUAGUGGGUUGCAACCUCUCGAAGCCAAUGGAUCACAAGGUGCCACAAUUCUCCGUGCAGCUUGACGGGAAAUUCGAUCAUGAUAAGAUGAUUAAUUCUUUUGCCGCCAAGUUGACAAACGAUUUGGCGCAACACUUUGUUCAGUCACUCCAUAGUGGAAGUCACGGUCACGAGAUAUCGUUCGAGGAGAAAGCUCAUGAUACAGUUGAAGGUGAUGCCGAUCAAGUUUUGCGUAGUAAACCAUGCCACGUCAGCGAGCCCAGUCCAGUUGUUCUUACAAAUAAAAGUCUGAAGGGGAAAUCGAGCUUAAUGUUGGCAAUAUCAACCGUUGGCUAUCAGAUUCUUUGUUAUCCUCAUUUUGCCGAACUUUGUUGGGUUACUUCCAAGUUGAAAGAAGGUCCUUGUGCCAACUCCCAUGGGCCCUGGAGAGGUUGGCCUUUCAAUUCUUGUAUUGUUCGUCCGAUUGAUUCAAUGGAAGAAGUUGCUGCUGCUGAUUCUGUUUCGGGUAAUAGCAAAAGCAAAAAAUCUGGUUUAGUUAGAGGACUAGUUGCUGUUGGUUUAUCAGCAUAUAGAGGUGAAUAUUCUUCGACGAGGGAGAUUUGCUCCGAGGUUCGGAAAGUUCUGGAAACUCUAGUCGGACGAAUUGAUGAGAAAAUUCGAGCUGGGAAAGACAGAAGCCAGUUCAUUCGAGUUCUUUCACAAGUGGCUUAUCUUGAAGACAUGUUUAGCAAUUGGGCCCACACAUUGCAAAGCUUAGAGAUGGAUACUCGUUUGUCUGAGGCGAAUGCCAAUACGUGUGUGGAAACGGCUGACAAUCAUGUCUUAAAGGACAAUUUUUCGAAUGUAGACUUGCAUGGAUCGCAAGUGUUUGAAGAAAGUCCGAAAGUAGUUACUACUGCUGAUCCUGAACAGUCUAAUCCAACCGAUAUUGCAAAUGGAGUUACAGUAGAAGAGCCUCCUUCCCGUACGAUUGUCUCAGACGAUAUUAAACAGACCAUAGCAUCGAAGGAAGAUAACUUGUCCUCUAACGCAGAAUUGGAACAUUCAUCGGUCAAACUUUGCAACGGUUUCACAGAGAGUAGUUCCAGUUUUCAAGCAGAUGGUCUGUCAUCGUUGAUUGAUAAUACUAUUUUGCCAAAAUCCACCGAUGAAAACUCGUUCGAAAACGAUAAAGUCAACUCUGAGUCAAAGCCUAGCAGCAGUGUUACCGGUGCUUCUACUGUAGCUACUAUGUGCUUUUACCAGUGUUGUUUGGAGUGCUUUGCGAAUCUCAAUAAGCUGCUUCUGAAAAUUAUAAAUACUCGAUGGGAGCUUAAAGGAAGCGAGUGUUCUACCGUCGAGGAUGUUCACGAUUUUGUCGCUUCUUUAUCUGCCAAUCUUCACUUGUCACUAAGUAAAUUGCCCAAAUUGCCCCCAGGUGAAAAUUCUCGUGGCAAGAAUGUAAAAAUUGGCGAAUGUGAAAAUUCGGACAAAUGGCUAACGACGGAAUGUGAUUGUCACGCAACGGGCAAGAAUAUGAGUAGAAAGGAAGAAUCUAGGUUUUAUUUCAAGGACGGUGUUCUGUCUACUAUAGAUACAGAUAUCGACGGUGUCGAUUAUCAUUGUAAAUUCAAGAAAUUAUGCCUUUGUUUUCUUAUAGAGUGGCUGCGCGACGGGAAAAAAGGGGCCGACUUUUGAUUAAAAGAAAAUGUUGUGAUAUCAUAUAUAGCUUCGAUGUUCGUCGAUUCCGCAAAUUUUGUUGCACUUGCGGGGGAAUAUAUAUAGAUUUUAUGGAACUUAUUCACUAUUGUAAAAACAUUUUGAAAUUUUGUUUCAAGGGAUGUGAACUGUGAUUCUGUAUAGUUGAAAUUUAUUUUAUUU